AUGAGUGAGUGGGGUUUGUCUACACGAGUCGUUGCAUUGUGUAUCAUUGAAGAAUUUGCUGGAUUCUUGUUCCGUUCAUUUUUACACCUGCUUGUAGGCUGCAUCCACUACAAUACAUUCCCUAAACUUCCCGAAAUCUUAACCUUCUCGCUAUUCGAGCUACAUAAAUCGCCUGUUAAACUAUCAUCCUCAAUCAUGAAGUUCAUUAACGCAGUUUUCUUUGCUACUAUUGCCUCGGCUGCUUCUUUUCGUCGCCAACAGAAUCCUGCCGGCGUUCUGCUGAACAUACAAAAUUCCGUCAUAAACCUGAACUCGAAUGUCCGCUUCAUGUCAGAUACGGUUGUGAGCAGCACAUACCCCGAAAUUCUUGAUGAAAGUUUUACGGAUCUUCAUCAGGUUAUUCAAGCCGCUACCUCAUACUUUGAUACAAUGCCUCACCGUAUCACUAAAGAAGAGACAUCUACUAUUCUUCCGUUCAUUACAAAGUUUGACCAGUAUGCUCAACAUGUUGGUAGUGCUUUAACUGACAGAAUUUGGGCGAUCUUUAAGAGCGAAUCUUGCAAUUCCGUACAAAGUCAACUCAGAAUCAUUCAGAAUGACUUUAAAGGUCUUGGUAAAGUCCUAUCUCAAAAGAUUGAUGAACAUACUAUUGCUGUUCCUUUAGGAUAUACUAAAGAUGUUACUAAUAUACUGGAAAACGUUAUCAAGGAGUUCGCGCCAGAUGCAUGCAAAGCAGGUGCCGAUAAGAUUUCUCAGGACAAACACCGUAAAGCAGGUUCCAAAGCUUCUGGCAAGUUUAGUGCGUGGAGAGAUAAUUGA